GCUUUGUAGAUUUCAGAAAUGGCCGAGAUUGCCUUAGCAGUUGGUAGUGCAGUUGGUGGUGCAUUUAUGAAUGUUCUCUUUGAAAGGCUUGCUAGUCGGGUUGAGCUGCUCAAGAUGUUUCAGAAGAAUAAGCAUUAUGAUGAUAGGCUUUCAGAGAAGCUGGGAAACGUUUUGCUUGGUCUUCAGAUUGUGCUGAGUGAUGCAGAGAAUAAGCAGGCAUCAAAUCAACAUGUGAGAGAGUGGCUUAAUAAGCUUCAGAGUGCUAUGGACUCUGCUGAAAACUUAAUGGAAGAAGUCCAUUAUGAGGCUUUGAAGCUUGAAGUGGAAGGUCAACAUCAAAAUCUUGCAGAAACAUGUAACCAGCAAGUAUUUCGUUUUUUUUCAGAGUGCUGUGGACGGCACUUGCGUGAUGAUUUUUUUCUUAACAUAAAGGGGAAGUUGGAAGGCACCAUUAAAACAUUGGAGGAUUUGCAAAAGCAAAUCGGUGACCUUGGCUUAAAGGAGUAUUUUGGUUCAGGUACACGAGAAACUAGAACACCUUCAACUUCUGUGGUUGAACCUGAUGUCUUUGGUAGGCAGAAUGAAAUAGAGCAAUUGAUUGACCGUUUAACAUCUACGGAGGCAAGUGAAAAAAACCUGACUGUUCUUCCUAUUGUUGGAAUGGGGGGCUUGGGCAAGACAACACUUGCUCAGGCUGCUUACAAUGAUGAGAAGGUGCAAAGCCAUUUUAAAUUGAAAGCUUGGAUCUGUGUGUCUCAGACAUAUGAUGCUUUUAAAAUAUCAAAAGGGUUACUUCAAGCAUUUAACUCAUCUGACUUAAAGGAUGAUAACAAUCUGGAUCAGCUGCAAGUCAAAUUGAAGGAAAGCUUAAAGGGGAACAGGUUUCUUAUUGUUCUGGAUGAUAUGUGGAAUGAAAACUACAGCCAGUGGAAAGACUAUUUUGUUCAAGGAGGUAUUGGAAGCAAGAUCAUUGUGACGACAAGUAAUGUGAGAGUUGCCUUGAUGAUGAGAGCUGAGCAAAUUAGCAUGGACACCUUGUCAAUUGAUGACUCUUGGUCUUUAUUUGAAAGACAUGCAUUUGAAAACAUGGACCCUAAGGAACAUCCGGAACUUGGAAAGGUCGCAAAACAAAUUGCAGCUAAGUGCAAAGGACUGCCCUUAGCUCUGAAGACGCUCGCUGGUAUGUUACGCUCCGAAUCAAAGGUUGAAGGGUGGAGGCGUAUUUUAACAAGUGAAAUAUGGGAUCUGCAAGACGAGGACAAGGGCAUAUUACCAGUGUUGAUGUUGAGCUACAAUGAACUUCCCCCACACUUAAAGCCAUGUUUUUCCUAUUGUGCAAUAUUUCCUAAAGAUUAUCCAUUUAGGAAAGAACAAGUUGUCCAUCUGUGGAUUGCUAAUGGUUUUGUAGUACCACAGGGAGAGGAAAGAAUUCAAGAUUUAGGCGACCAAUACUUUAACCAGUUGAGAUCAAGAUCAUUAUUCGAAAAGGUCCGAAAUCCUUCUCAAGGGAACACGGAGGAAUUCUUAAUGCAUGACCUUGUCAAUGAUUUAGCCCGAAUUGCAUCUUCAAAACUUUGUGUCAGGUUGGAAGAGUGCCAAGGAUCUCAUAUGUUAGAACAAAGUCGGCACUUGUCCUAUUCAAUGGGGAGAGGUGGUGAAUUUGAGAAAUUGACACCCGUCAACAAAUUGGAGCAGCUGAGGACAUUGCUUCCAGUCAAUAUCCAACACCAUUGGCGAAUUGGUCUAAGCAAGAGGGUACUGCAUAACAUACUGCCAAGGUUAACAUCUUUAAGGGCAUUAUUAUUGUCUGAUUACACGAUUAAGCAGUUGCCGGAUGCUUUGUUUAUCAAAUUUAAGCUCCUGAGAUUUUUAGACCUUUCUCGGACAGAGAUUAAAAAGUUGCCGGAUUCUAUAUGUGCAUUGUAUAACUUGGAGACACUUCUCCUGUCAUCUUGUACAUAUCUUGAGGAGUUACCGCUGCAGAUAGAAAAGCUAAUCAACUUGCGGCACCUUGACAUAAGAAACACUUCGUGCUUGAAGGUGCCACUACAUCUGCGCAUGUUGAAAACCCUCCAAGUGCUAGUGGGAGCCAAGUAUCUUCUAAGUGGCCCCUGUGGUUGGAGAAUGGAAGAUUUGGGUGAAGCACAUUACUUUUAUGGAUCUCUAUCAAUUCUUGGGUUGCAAAAUGUGGUUGAUAGAAGGGAAGCUCAGAAGGCAAAGAUGAGGGAUAACAAUAGUGUUGAGAAGUUAUCGUUGGAGUGGAGUGAAAGUGAUGCUGACAAUUCACAAACUGAAAGAGACAUACUUGAUGAGCUACGCCCACACACAGAUAUAAAAGAACUUCAAAUCUCCGGAUAUAGCGGGACACAAUUUCCAAAUUGGCUAGCUGAUGAUUCGUUUCUUAAGCUGCUAGUACAAUUGUCUCUUAUCAACUGCAAGGACUGUUUUUUCUUGCCAGCACUAGGACAACUUCCUUAUUUGAAAUUCCUUUCCAUUAGAGAGAUGCAUUCGAUAACAGAGAUAAUGGAGGACUUCUAUGGUAGUCCGUCCUCCGAAAAGCCUUUUAACUCUCUUAAGAAGCUUGUAUUUGCGAAGAUGCUGGAGUGGAAGCAGUGGCACGUACUAGGGAACGGAGAGUUUCCUGCACUUCAGGACCUUUCCAUUAUUGAUUGCCCCAAGUUGUUGGGGAAGUUGCCUGAGAAUCUCUGUUCUCUAACGAAUUUGAGAAUCUCAAGAUGUCCUGAACUCAAUUUGGAGACACCCAUCCAACUUUCAAGUCUAAAAAGGUUUGAAGUUGAUGGUGCUCCUAAGGCUGGAGUUGUCUUUGAUGAAGCUGAACUGUUUACAUCCCAACUUGAGGGAAUGAAGCAGAUUGAGGAAUUAAAUAUUAGUGGUUGCAACUCUCUUACCUCCUUCCCUAUUAGCACUCUGCCGAGUACCUUGAAGACAAUAUGGAUAGGUCGUUGCCGGAAAUUGAAAUUGGAGAUGCCAGUUGGUGAGAUAAUUUCUAACAUGUUUCUGGAGGAAUGUGAUUAUAUAUCAUCACCUGAGUUGGUCCCAAGAGCACGCAAUUUAGAUGUAACGGGAUGCCAAAACCUUACUAGGUUUUUGAUUCCUAAUGGGACUGAAAGACUCGAUAUUUGGGGUUGUGAGAAUCUUGAAAUAGUUUCUGUGGCAUGUGGGACCCAGAUGACGUCAUUGGAUAUUUACAUGUGCGAAAAGCUGAAGCGGCUGCCAGAACGUAUGCAGGAACUCCUUCCGUCUCUUAAGUUACUGCUACUGCAACAUUGUCCAGAAAUAGAGUCCUUUCCUGAAGGAGGAUUGCCCUUCAAUUUACAACUCCUUCACAUCGACAAUUGCAAGAAACUGGUGAACGGCCGAAAGGAGUGGUGUCUAAAGAGAGGGGAGUUGUACAUCUUCCACAAUGGCAGUGACGAAGAGAUUGUUGGUGGUUAGAAUGGGGAGUUGCCUUGCUCUAUUCUAAGUCUUAGCAUAGGCAAUCUGAAAACAUUAAGCAGCCAACUUGUCAAAAGCCUCACCUCUCUUGAAUCUCUAUAUAUUUGGAAAUUACCUCAAAUUCAGUCACUGCUGGAACAAGGGCUUCCCUCCUCUCUUUCUGAGCUACAUUUAUACAACCAUGAUGAGCUCCAUUCACUACCGACUGAAGGUCUUCGGAACCUCACUUCGCUUCAAAGUCUAAAUAUCAGCAGUUGCCGUCAACUCCAAUCACUUCCCAAAUCAGCGCUGCCCUCCUCCCUCUCUGUGCUGACCAUCGCGCAUUGCCCUAACCUCCGAUCACUUCCAGUAAAAGGGAUGCCCUCCUCCCUCUCAAGCCUAUCUAUUUGCAGCUGCCCAUUGCUCGAACCACUCCUAGAAUUUGACAGGGGGGGUACUGGUCAAAAAUUGCUCAUAUUCAUGAAAUAUAUAUCGGUGUCGCAACAUAUGACUGUGAAUGCCUUUGAUGAUUAAUAAAAACGAAGCUCCCACAGAUUGCGUUGAGCAAGGAAGAGGUGUUUCGGGGUAAUGAUUGUAGCAAUCAGCGUCAAUAAAGAUCUUCCCUCAUCGCUCAUUGUUCUGGAGUUGUUCGUUCAAUUUGUGGAACACCUGGAAGACCAUGAAUUUUCGGAAAAAUAAAAUCUCUAUUUCACAGUUAGGUAUGUUUGCCUGUUCCUUGUAAGAAGACUGCAUCGAGCUAGUGGAACUAGCAGAUUUACUCAUGUUAUUAUUUCCAUUCUCAACUCGAGUGGCACCACUGCAGUCAGAACUCGCGGAAUGGCAAUUGGAAGUGUAUCCUAUUCGGAAUUAAUUCAAGGGAAGAACUUGAAUUGUCAGAAAGUACGCAAAUCAAAAAUUGCAGAUGAAGAUUUCCAAACACAGGUUCUUUUUCAGCACACAUCUGUCUACUUUGCCUUCCUUGAGAUGAAGCAUGCCUUGCUGCACAUGGAACAUACAGCUCUAAUGGAACCCAACAUUACAUUAGAAUAAAAGUUGUUUGAUGUAACACAUAAAAGAACAUGCUGUAUAUUGUGGUUACAGAUUAUAAGGAAAGAUAUUACUUUU